AUGGGGCAGCAAGUCGCACUUAAGCUUGUAAAGGCCGAGUCACUGCCAGCUGCGCCCGAGGGCUCCGCGGUGCGGAGAAGGGCUGAAGGUGGUUCUUUGGCGCGGGGCUGGGCUGAGGCGCCUUCGGGGGAGCCAGCCCGCCCUGGAGCGGGCAGGGGGCGGCGCGCGCGGAGGGCGGGGAGCCGCGCGUGGGGUGGGGGUGUCGGGGGCGGAGAUGUAGAAGUGGUGACGCCGAGGCCCGGGUGCCAGAGCGGCGGACGCACUGCCCGCGGCUGCGACAGGAUCCCGGGCCCUGCAGGGAGUGGUGGCCGCGGAGACUCCGAGCCCCAGACCGGAGCUCCCGGGCCGACGGGGAGGGCAGGGCGGAGCGGCGCGAGGCUGGGGGCCCCCGGGCGCGGCCGAGCGCCGCCCGGCGGGAGGCUGGGGGGCCGAGGCCGGGGCCGGGGCCGGGGCCCGGGCCGCGCCUCGGAGCGAGUCGGGGGCCGGGGUCGAGCGGCGGCGGCUCCUCGCGCGGCGCCAGGGGCUCGGGGACCCCGGCAGGGCCCGGGUGGAGCCAUGGCCACCGGGAGCAUCACCACGCUGCCCACCCUGCCGGACGACGGCGGCAGCGGCGCCUUCCCGCCCGGACACUUCAAGGACCCCAAGCGGCUCUACUGCAAAAAUGGGGGCUUCUUCCUGCGCAUCCACCCCGACGGCCGAGUGGACGGGGUCCGGGAGAAGAGCGACCCACACAUCAAGCUGCAGCUCCAAGCAGAGGAGAGAGGGGUCGUGUCAAUCAAAGGCUUGUGUGCCAACCGCUACCUCGCCAUGAAGGAGGACGGCCACCUACUGGCUUCCAAAUGUGUUACGGACGAGUGUUUCUUCUUUGAACGGUUGGAGUCCAAUAACUACAACACUUACCGGUCGAGGAAGUACUCCAGCUGGUACGUGGCGCUGAAGCGGACUGGGCAGUACAAACUCGGCCCCAAAACGGGGCCCGGGCAGAAAGCCAUACUCUUCCUCCCGAUGUCCGCUAAGAGCUGAUCCCCACGCCGCCGUCUGACCUCCCUUCCCACGAGAGAAGAGGUACUUCGCAGGGGCUCGUUAAUGAGAGAGGAGGAAGAUGUGUACAGCUGCCGGCUCAGUUUGGGUAACUGGCCGGAUAACCUUUCAUCCAAUAGUCGAAUAUUUAACCGCUGCCUUAGUAAAGAAAACAAGAACACCUGGGAAAUGUAUGGACCUCCACCUUUUAUAUAGCACUUGCCUUUAUCCAGUGAAGCUUACUUAGAGCUACAGUCUUUUCCAUACACGUGGUUCAUCUGAAAAGAGGAUUUUAAAAUGUGCACACUUACAAGUUCCUUCAUGGAAACCAUCCCCACAAGAACACACAAGGCUGACACUCAGCCCCCGGGUCCACUUGCGGUGGGACGUGGCACCCGUCCCUGUCCAUGUGCCACUUCCCGGGCGUACACGCGCCUGGGCGCUCACUCCACUCCUGUCAGGGCUUUGUAACUGCCCGGCAGUUCCCGGUGGUAGAGUUUGUAGGGCAAGCCCGUGUGCGCAGCCGGGAACGUGUCCGGGGUCAGGUCCACCUUGUCGAAGCCCUCCCGGCGCCCGUACAGCAGCAGCCGUGCGGCCCUGCGGGUGAUGGGCGUGGCGUGGGCGCUGGCGGCCAGGGCGGCCAGGUCCAUCCACUCGCCCCGCAGGCACUCGUGCGGGCACAGCUGGAUGGCGAAGGAGCGCGGCUGCAGGCGGCAGACGAGGUACAUGUCCGACUUCCCGAAGGCCCCCGGACGGUUGUGCUGCUGCCGGAGGCCCAGGAGGGACCGGAAUUCCGACCGCACACCCGUCUCUUCAAAAACUUCCCGAACUGCUGUGUCUCCUACGUGGGAGAGAGGUGUGCACAUCAGUAACGACCCCACUUUUAGAAAACCCUCAACAAGGAUUUCCAGUUAAAGCAGCGUUAACAAAGGCUCCAAAGCAAGACUUCAAGAAAGUGAGGUUUUUGAUAAAAACCGCCUUCUGGGCACCCUGAUGUACCAAAGUACUUCCUCAGCACUGCGCACUAAACAGCUCCUGAAAUAGUGACUGUUUCUUUGGCUGCCACCUGGGGGGCUUGUCACCUGUAUGGCUUUGGGGUCCUAUGUCUUUAACCUCUUCCUGCUCUAUUUCCCAAAAGGUGAAAACAGGUUGCGAAGCUGUGGCGACUAUUCCUACACGUGUCUCUGUUCUCCUCUGUCCUGGCCAUCCGCCAGCACCGCCCAGGUCUGCGCGUGUCGGGUUCGAGGAGAAGCGGCCCACUCUUGUAGAAGGCCGGGCAGCCGGGCGUGGCGACCUGUGAAGUGACUCUCACCGCUCCCGGUGAUCUGGGUGGGGGUGGGGGAUGUCAGGCGUCUGACUCACGGAGAAGACGCCUUUGAGGUCUUUUUGUCCUGCUCGCUUCGUCGGGCAGCCUGUGGAAGUCCACCCUGGGACACGGGGCGGGCUCGCUGUUUCCUGAGAUUCAUUCCUCCAUCACCCACACUCCGCAGUCUCUUCAUGCGGAAUUUUAUAAUACGACAGGGUUUUCAUUUUCUAGUGGUGAUUUUUUUUUUGAUAAUAUGUAAACUUCUGGGAUGGGAUUUUUAUCACCACUCACACAUUCCGAUGGCUGCUUUUGGGGACUGUGCAGAUGAACCCCCUGAGUGGGCUCUCUCAUUCUGUGCUGCUGCCGGUCUCUCCCCCAGCGCCGACUCGCGCCCCUAAAACAGCCGCCUUCCUCACCCAGGGCCCUGGGAGCAGCCUCGUCGCGUAAGUUUAUGUUCAGUGCUCGCCGCUUCUUGCUUGUUGAGUAGGAGAACCUAUUUGCCUUCUCGGUAGUCUCAGUGCUCUUCUGGUGAAGAGUAGGUGAGGAAGAGGAAGGCAAGGGACGGCCUCCCUUCCCUGUGCCCUGCCCUGGACGUCGCCCAGGGCCCUUGACGUGCCCAGACCGAGCCCCGAGCCCCCGCCCGACCCCGGGAAGCAGCGCUGGAAGCACCCGUAGGGGGUGGUGCUCAGGAGUGUAACGCUGUUCGUCUGCUGUUUUCAGCUUCAGGCUGAUUGACUUCCUUACAGUUGAGAUUUCCCAUAGAUGACACAUGGCUAGAAAUUAUAUAUUUUAAACCAAAAACAAAAGAGUUAUGUUAAAAAUAAAAAUAUAUAUUUCAUUAAAAAAAUCUUUCAUAAAAGAGUUUGUUUAAAAAAGCACAGCUUUCCUUAAUAAGAAAACUAACUUUCAGUCCACACAGAAUACAUUACCUGUUAGGAAAUCUGUUACAGGUCCUGGCACUGGCCUUAAAUUUUAUGUCCUUUGCCAAUCUCCCUUUACUGUUGUUUCAGGGUCAAUUCUUUCACACUUCGGGGUGUAAACAUGGGGGUCCCCUCAGUCACCAGCAGCACUCACCAGGAGUCUGGCCUUGCUUCCCUCUCCAGCCCGUCACGGAGUGCAGGUUGGGGCUGAUCCAGGAGUCCGCCCUGCUCGGUCCCCAGAGCAGUGGGCCCAGGUGGCGCUGCCCACAGUCUGGUCUGUGUCCCUCGUGCCAGCGGGGCAGCAGCAAGACUGAAAAGUGAUGGGGAGCCAGCGCCUCUGUGUCUGGGGGUGAGUGCGCCCUUCCACCUCAGGGCGACAUCUGCUCCCCAAAGAUUUGUCCCUGCAUUUGAACUGUUUAUCGGGCUCAAGUGCUUUCCUCUGUUGUGCCUUCGUUAUUCUAAUGUACUGUGAGCUGAACUGAAAUAACAUCUACUGUGUCAUAGGAUUUGAAGAACGUAGGAAAAACCGAGAGGGUCAUGUUUUUAUUUUUGCUAAUUGAGAGAGAUGUUUAAAUAUAUCACAGCAUUUUGUUUAGUACAGGACAAUAAUGAAAUGGAAUUUAUAUUUGUCAUUUCUGUUUUGUGAUAGUAAAUGAUAGCCCAGGUCGAAAUCAAACAAAAUAAUAGGAAAAACUGCAGACUGUGGGCUUUCCUGGUGUCUCCCUCAGACUCUGGUCACUGAUGGACUGCGACCGCCCCUGGUCCCGGGCCAGGCGGGGGGUGGUCCCGGCAGGAGUUAUAACCUGGGAAGGCAGCUGCCCCUCCCGUUCUAACCUUGCCGGUACCUCUGUGCUCCCAGGCGGUGUCCCAGGGCCUGAGGACUGCACCCCACUUUGUAUAUGCGCCUCUCCAUUCCGUUCAGACAGGACAGACAGACAGACAGACAGGGGUGCCUCAUUCGCUGAGCGCGACUGUGCCACAGACGGGCCCGAUGGGCGAGUUUCCUACGUCUGAGCCAGUGUGAACGUCUGCACGUCAGCGGGGGCCGUACUCCCGGAGUGUGUGCUGUUCCUGAGCGCGGUUCGAAGGGAAGGAGCAAUCCUCGGGCGAUCUGGCUUCAUCGGGAAGGAUGUCUGCUACUGUGUCACAUCACGGACAGGCCCCGCAGAGACAUGUCGUGCAGGCCUCUGCUGUCACUCACCGUUUCCUGCUGCUUUCGGGGACUUGUCGUCGUCCUCAGGCAAAGCCUUAAUCGACCCUUCACUGAAGAACAGGGGGGAGUGCCACCAGCUGCCGCCUCCUGAUUGCACGUGUGUACCGUGUAUCGUGGUCUCUGGGUGGGCGGGCUGCUGUGACAACCACAGACACUUCACAAAAGCAGUGGCUUCUGAACCAGUCAGAUGCAGGCGGUUCUGGUGUGCACCCCACCCAUCCACGUGGCCUGGCGCUGUGUCUGCCGAGGGGGACGCUGCAGGGACGUCCUGCGGACAGGGUGCCCCUGCCCAGUGUGGGCGAGCGAGGGGUGGACAGAGACUUGCCCGGUCCACUCGCCCUCCUGUGCCACACAAGGCAGCGGAAGGCAGUCGGGGGUCCAAGAAUAAAUGGCUGUCCCUCCCAGCGCCCCGCCCACAGCCAAGUGCGCUUCCAUUUCCCCAGAAGACCCAGCAGAACCUGGGUCAGCACUUUCUAAAAUCCAGAAUUUGCUAUGGAUUUCUCUGAAUGUAGUCAAUUUACUUAGUGGUUGUUAGGAGCUGGCUAUAUACCGUGUGUGGGGCAUUUUAAUCUGUGUUACAUUUUUUGUUUAAAUCAAGCUUUGUUUUUAAAUAAAAUAUCUAAAGAUAACUUAGGAAACUGCCCACAUGAAUGUGGGCUGAAGCGAAUGGGGGCAUGCGCGUUGAGGAGGAAGUCGGGGAGAAGCAACCCGGUGCCCGAUGAGUCGUCUUUCGAUCCACUGGGACGGGCUGCACUUGGCCAGUGGUGGAGGGGACAGGCAGGAAAGCUCGGAUUCUGUUCUUUCAUCCACUGCUGUAAGAUCAGACACUGAGACUCUUAGCUCACUCCAAAUCUCCCUGUCCUCAGUGUUGAUCUCAGUGAGUUGUGAGGAGUUACUCUCUCAUUCCAUAUGUUCUUUGAGACAUUUCACUGUUUUGGCUUCCUGACUAUUCAAAAUACAUAGAUAAGUUUUUCACAAAGAGAAUUACCGUGGCUCCGUAACUGACUUUAUAAAUAACACCUAUUUCCAAGUUCAUUUAAAAAUUACCAUUCAUCCUUAUGCGGUGAAACGGUCAAACAAUUGUAUUUUCUCAGUUUAAUUCCAACAUUGUAGUCACAGCCAAAAUCGCCCCGACACUAAACCUUCCUGACGCACAUCCGAAGCCACUCAUUCUCAAACAGAUCUCGCCAGAAGCCGUCCUGAGGGGGGACAGCAGCGUCCUGUGCCCCGCUGGCAUUUCUAUGCCAACCGAACGGGUUCUCGUGCUACCAGUUUUGCUGCUACUUUCCCGUCAGCCCUGAAGUCACCUCUCGUUUGAACCAGUUGGGAAAUUUAAAGUCUUAUUCUUCACUACAGAGCAAGAAAGUAAACACAUGAACCUCCUCCACAUUUUCAAGCCACCCGACCACACGUGGGUACGCACCGAGGUCCUCUCCAGGCUCCGACAGGCCUCCUGGCAACUUCCACAUGUUUUUCGACUGCGGUACAAAGUCAGAAAAUGAUGUUAACCCAGCAUUUGCUCACUCACUCUCACACACACACAUGCGCAUGGAGAUUCACAGUAUUCACCCAUCAUUGGUCAAGGUUACUUUUUUUUCCUAAUUGCAUGUAAAUUUUUCCAGUUUCCUUCCUCUUCCUUUUUUUUGUGGGAAACUGGUAACUUAGGAAUUCUUUUCCAACUGUUUACUUUGGGAAAUAGAAGUGGUUUUAUUUGGUUAAUGUGAUGAAUUCAACAGUGGAGGGAGACAUCUACUGAAUUUGUGUAAUUUUAAAAGUUUUGCUGCUAGUUAACUAUUAACAAAUAGAAGAAUCUUACAGAUGCUGCUAUAAAUAAGUAGAAAAAUACAGUAUAAAUUUAAUCACUGAAGUAUAUAUGCUAUUUUAACUUCACAUUUAUUUCUGUAUUGUGUGUCUAAUCAGAUAUACUGUUAAUCCCAAGGUCUCUUGCUUUGUGUUAAUGAUUUCAUGGGUGGUAUGAAUAAAAAUGACUAGUUUAA